UGGCCACCACGCGGAUCAGAGGUGAGAAGGUUUGGGUUGCCUCCUCCUCCUCCUCCUCCUCUCCCAGCCGUCAGAGGUUUCAGGCAGGCAGGCUCCACGGAGCGACCCUCCGCUGCGCGCCGCCCUGGUCGGGGCCGACUUCCGCAGACGAUGGGGCGCUCCCCCUGCGGAGCGGGACGAGGAGGGUGCUGCCGUCUGCCAGUCCGCCAGUACGGCUGUCACGCGUCUCUGGGUGCAGCCUCGCAGGCCUAGAGAUUGACACCAACACCAAUAUCGGGGGUGUGCAUCCACCGAUGGAAGAAGAAUCCGAUAUCGGUGAUGGUGGUAGCGUUCCUCGGCAGCUUGAGGCUGCUGCUGCUGCGAUCCGCCUGCAUAGAGCCCCACUGUCCAGAUUGAGGUCAUGAGCACGACGACGCAUGAAAUCAGAAGGUCGAGAGGCUUGUGCACGGGGGCGGCCACGGCGAGUAUGUUGGCCCAGCUUGUCAUCGAGGGUGCUUUCGCUGCGUGCAUGGACCGUUCAUCCCGGCCAGAGUUUGGCUUCAUGUUGGGCAGCCAUUAGCUUCAUUUUUUCGGGUUGGAGCGACAACCUUUUCAGCUUCGCGCCCACCGUGGACAAGGAAGCUUACAUCAUGGCGGCUGUAGAGAAAGUCCUGUGGAAUGAGCACCGCCUGUUGGUGGCGCCGGACAGCCGGGAGAUGAUCACAGCGAACCGCGUCACUUUUGAGAGCUACGUCUUCCAGGACCCUUUCGGGUCUCGUUAGCAUGUCCUGCCGACGGUGAGGGUCCUAGGGCCCGUCACUUGCACGGGUUGUGGUGCUGAAUACGUAAAUGCCGCAACGCACAGGACCAUCGCAAGUGUCUGAAAUAACUACCGUUUCCUGACUAACAGCUGCAUCCCCAUCAGUAGACGGCUACAGAAACUCAAGAUGAUGCUGGAGGUAUCGUCAGAGCCAGGGCUUCGUCGUGGCUCCCGUUGCCCCCAAGCCAGGGCACAGAGAUUUAUUUAGAUUGGUGCUAAUCCAAGCUCGUCGCGUGGAUGCUUCGGCUCCGCUGCGAGCCGAACGAGACGACGCAGCAGUUCUGCUCGCGCAGUAGCCGCGCUGUCAGUCAAGCAGAUAGUUGGCGCGCAGUGGUCAAACAGUCAAUUGUUUUCUUGCGUAUCUUGGCUUUAACACGUGCAGCGACACCCAGGCUGCUGAGCAGCCAGAGCGGCGAUCGAGCAAAACUACGAUUGGG